AGCGACGUUUACAGUGUUGGUGUACUCAUGUGGGAGAUAUCAAGCGGUCGACUUCCUUUUUAUAUUAAGGAUGAAGAAUACGACAUAAGUUUAGCUAUCGAAAUUUUGGGAGGACUUAGAGAAAGGAUCAUUCCCGGCACACCUGAAGAUUAUGUGAAAAUCUACACUGGGUGUUGGGAUAAUGAGCCAGAUAAUCGUCCAUCAAUGAAUCAAGUAGUUGAUAAAUUAAAUGCAAUUGUAUCGAAGAUGAACAUAACAGAAAACAAUCAAAUGCAUAAUUACGAAUCAAAUAACUUCGAAGCUGUUUCUAAUUUAUAUGAUUCGAACCUUCCUUGUGAAAGGAACACAAGCUAG